ACAUAUCCAAUCCUCAUCGUACUUGACCAAAUCUCCCAAAAACCCUAACCGCCCGAUCUCCAUGUUUGCUUCUUCGCAGUCUCCGCAAUGUAUGCAUGGUGCUGCUUUCUCCUUCUUCCCGUAGCCUUUGUUGGUGCCGCUCACACUUCAUAAUUUUGAGCUCAGUGUUCUCUUCAAAUAAGCAGCUAGCUGAAUUUGUGGUGGAAUGCGUUUCUUUUCUUUCCCAAUGCGUAUGCAGAGUUGCAGACUAGGCAAUUAACUAAUUGAAGGACAAGAAUUCUAAGUAAUGGCAGAAAGUAUAGCUCCACAGUCAUGUUUCAAGCCUUGUAUGUGGAGAAUUUGUGCCAACAAGAGAAGCUACGAAAUGCGAAAUGUAUAUUUGAAGACAUCUCAAAGGAAGUUUUCCCGUGGAAGCUGUAAAGUAGUUUGGCUCUCAACAUUUAAAGGAUACAAGCUUACUUCUCUAGGUGUGUCAUUGUCUUUAAGAAGUCCCUUUCUCAGGGAGACUUCUUUGAGGUGCUUUGGGGGUCUGGUGAACGGUGCUGCUUCCUCUGAUUGGUUACCCAUUGGUGAUCAGUUGCUUCUUAUAACCAGUAUAUUUCUUACAUAUAUGGCUGGAGUAAUUCCUGCUCAGAAGUCAAAAUUGACUCCUCAAAAGUUGUUCACUCAGGAUCACCUGGUCCCAGAAAGUUCAACUUCUUCUGGUAGUGCUGAGAAGAAUGAGGACCAAGGUAGUUCAUAUGCUUGGGAUUCUGUGAAAGCAAAACUUUUGGAUUCAAUAGCUUUCAUUGAACACAGGAAUAAUAUGGGAAAGACAAUGGUUGACAUUGAGCUGCAUAGUGAGAAGCUGAAGCAACCUUUAAGUUUAUGUGCUCUAUCCAAUGGUCCAAAGUUAAGACUACUUUGGGCUUAUUUUCAGCUACUUGAGGAAGAGGUGAAUCAUUUUCUAGGUGAUUCCAAAAACAUUAACAUGGAUGAUUGGUUGAUAGUUUUUCCCGAAAUUAUUAGAAAAUCCUGUCUGCCAGUAUGCACAAGCUGGCUGGAAAAGGAGCUUUGUCUAGAAAACAACAACCUGGACAAGGCACUGCCUUCUCUGAUGAUUGAGAAGUUAAAAGGAGAUGAUACUGUUUUACAAAACAUCAGAAAGUCAGGCAAAGAAGUCCUUUAUGCUGAAUUGUUGUAUUUUCUUAGAUUUGGCUCUCUCAGGAAUACAUGCUGUUAUGACCGGAGCUUGUUUAUUACGCAUGCGGGAUCCAUCUUGGAGGAUUUGGUAAUAACCUUAGCAGAUGGGAUUGCAAACAUAUAUUUGGAGUUUAUUUCUGUUGAUGGUACUUCAUCAAAUGAAAUGAAUGACAUAGUUUUGACUAUGUGUAAAUUGUCAACACGAGCUCUCCAAAAGUUACGAAAUGAGGUCGCCUUGAACAGGUGGUUGUACGAAAAUCUAGAGUCAGUUAUAUCAAUGUUUGAGGAUCGCUUUGACCUAUGUACACUUCAAUUGCAACUCAUCGAGGAACCAAGCUUAAGCCAACCUGAAAAUUAUAGUUGGUGGAAGAAGUUUACUCUGGGGACUUCUAAAACUAUUUCAUCUCCAUUUAAAUAUGCCGUGAUAGCUCAUUUGUUUAUGCCUGUGAAACGUACAAAGGAAUUGAGGGCAUUGACUGGGUGGAGAUACUACUUGAGCCUAUACCUUGAGUUAGCUGACAUUAGUUUGCCAUUGAUUAAGGCUGUUAUUGGCAAAAUCAGCGAUGCCAUUUCAUUCUUUUUAGUUUGUUUGAUUGGGAGAUCACUGGGCCUAAUUUACACUGGAAUUAGGCAGUCCUUGCGAUGGAAGUGAGAUGUGAAUAUUACUUUUUGUUGCAUGUUCCUUUUUCAUCGUUUUGGUAUGAUAUGGUAGUAGUCCAUCGGAAUAGUAUGAUUUGAUUUAAACUAUCAGCGCGUCAGCCUUCCAUUUUGCCAGGGCUGCUUUAGACCUUUAGUGUUCUCUUGGAUUCAUUGCUUUACAAAUGUGAAAAUACAAAUUUUUUGUAUGCAGCA